UGCAAAAGGUGGAUUUAAUAUAUUUUUUGUCGAAUUUUCUCUAGUUUUUGGAGUAUGCUACCUGUAACUGCACACAGACGUUUAUAAGAGACACAUUUCUUCCUAGGUUAGGGGUCUAUAAUUGUAAAAUAAAUGUGUUUGAUUGAAUAACUAGCCUAAUCUAACUAUCGUGGUCAUACAUCUGGACUCUUCAUCAUCAUCAUCAACACUUUGAAUUACUAAGGAAUAUUCCUAUAGCAACUGGUUGCUAGGGGAAACGAGACACUAGCAUUAUCCUCUUGUUGUGAGACUGAGAGGGAGGAUUGGAGAAGUGCACGAGGAGGGGUGGGAAGCAGAGAAGACGGAGCAUGGUUGAAAUUCCACCAAAUGGAUAAGAAGAGGCAGACAAAGUUUGACACAUUUAUGUUUUCAGUGGUUGACCGACACGAAUGAACGAGUAAACCUUGUUUUAGCCUAGUGAAGUAUCACAAAUUAAUACCUCAGUAUUAAUUAUCCACUGCACGGAAUCUCCAUGAGGGCACAAGUCUGCAUGACGAUUUUCGCGUAAAGAGAGGCAGCGCGGGAGAGCUGACUUGUCGCCUGGCAGGACGAGGAUAUGGGCGACGCCAUCCGGCCCUACGUGGUGCACCGCUGCCGCCAGAGCAUUGCCUUCUCCCUGCAGACGGCAUGGCUGCUCGGCGCCUACUCCUCCGACAUGCACAUCUCUACCCAGCGCCACUCGCGCGGCACCAAGCUGCGCAAGCUAAUCCUCUCAGACGAACUAAAGCCCCACUCAGCUUCUAAAGGUGUGGGUCCCGCCGGUGCUGCGGACGCCAGCCCUGGGCUGCGGGACGUUGCCCACAUUCGACACCACCAGCGGCACACCGUGGAGCCGCCCCCGGCCCCCGACAGCCAAAUCAUCCCUGCCGAUGCCUACCUCUCGCCUUCCAAGCGGACACAUCAGCGAUCCAAGUCGGACGCCACGCAUUGCACAAGCCUGGGGAGUAGCCUCAGGAGAACAGCCAGCAACCCCAAGGUGGAAAGCGGCUACGAUGAGCCGUUGCGCCUGACGCUGCAGAGGGAGUUCAUCAAGUCUCUGAUGGGCAUCGGAAAGCGGCUGGCCACGCUGCCCACCAAGGAGCAGAAGACCUGGCAGCUCAUCUCAGAGCUGUCACAGCUCAACCACAAGCUGCCAGCCCGCGUCUGGCUGCCCACUGCAGCCUUCGACCACCACGUGGUGCGCGUUCCCCACACACAGGCCGUGGUGCUCAACUCCAAAGAUAAGGCCCCGUACAUCAUCUACGUGGAGGUGCUGGAGUGCGAGAGGUUCGAGACGUCCGGCAUUCCCCUGCGCAUCCCGGAGACAUGCAUCCGCAGCGCCCGCUCUGUGGACAACCUCCUCCCGGAGUGCGUUGGCAUCACAGCCGAGCAGCGCGCCGGCAGUUUCUCCACCGUGCCCAACUACGACAACGACGACGAGGCCUGGGCAGUGGAUGACAUCGGCAAGUUGGAAGUGGAGCUCCCAGAAGGCCACACCAGUAGCAGUGACAACAUCUCCCAGUUCUCUGUGGACAGCAUCACCAGCACGGAGAGCAAGGAGCCUGUCUUCAUCGCCGUGGCGCUCAAGGAGCCCUGGCAGGAGAAAGUCAGGCGGAUAAGGGAGGGCUCCCCUUACGGUCACCUGCCAAACUGGCGGCUGCUGUCGGUCAUCGUGAAGUGUGGGGACGACCUGAGGCAAGAGCUACUGGCCUUCCAGGUGCUCAGCCAGCUACAGUCCAUCUGGGAGCAGGAGCACGUCCCCCUGUGGAUCAAGCCCUAUAAGAUCCUGGUGAUGUCAUCGGACAGCGGGAUGAUCGAGCCCGUGCUGAACGCUGUCUCUCUGCACCAGGUGAGGAAGCAGAGCCAGCUGUCUCUGCUGGACUACUUCCUGCAGGAGCACGGCAGCUACACCACCGAGGCCUUCCUCACCGCCCAGUGCAACUUUGUGGAGAGCUGCGCCGGCUACAGUCUCAUCUGCUACCUGCUGCAGGUUAAAGACAGACACAAUGGAAACAUCCUCCUGGACUCGGAGGGCCACAUAAUCCACAUUGACUUUGGCUUCAUCCUGUCCAGCUCGCCCAGGAACCUGGGCUUUGAGACCUCCGCUUUUAAGCUCACCAGCGAAUUUGUGGAUGUGAUGGGAGGCCUGGAUGGAGACAUGUUCAACUACUACAAGAUGCUGAUGCUCCAGGGCCUGAUAGCUGCUCGCAAACACAUGGAGAAGGUGGUCCAAAUAGUGGAGAUCAUGCAGCAAGGCUCUCACCUACCCUGCUUCCAUGGCUCCAGCACCAUCCGCUACCUGAAGGAACGUUUCCACAUGAGCCUGACGGAGGAGCAGCUACAGGUGCUGGUGGAGCAGAUGGUGGAUGGCUCCAUGCGCUCCAUCACCACCAAGCUUUACGACGGCUUCCAGUACUUCACCAACGGCAUCAUGUGAACAGUUCGACACCAAACUCUACUACAUGGGACAACCACAUGGGAGAGCAAGCAAACAUACAUAUAAAGAUGGUGGUGAACAUGUGCAUAUGGACUCACGCAUGUGUGCUUGCCAUAGCAGCACAUUUAGGAAAAUGGACUUGUGUAUAGACUAGUGCUACAGGACCUGUUUGCAAACUCGGUAUGUUCUUUGUCUUAGACGGACCACUGUUUACCCCCUCCUUGUUUUGGCCUUGUGGAGGGGGAGUCCGCACCUCCUCUCCCUCUUGUCCUCCUAUCCAUAGGACAUUUACCGCAUUGACUGUUCUAAAACGAGGCAUAACGCACAGUUCAAAUCACACACGAAAAGGAUAAGUAUCAAUAUCGGAGAAGGUACUUCAUUGAAAAGGGGGAGGGGCAAUGUGGUAGUGGUCUAUAUUCAGAGGAGCCAAGAAGACUUUUCUCAGAAUGGAUGAAAAAUGAAUAACUGUAGAUCAAUUGUGCAAGAGCAUCACAAAGCAGUACAUAUAGAAUAUAUGUACUUAUUUUUGUUCUUAGAGCAAAAUUGACUUUGAGAAGUUGAGAAACCACUAUGUAACGACAACGAAAGCACAAGACAUAUCAAUUGCUGAGGUUUUCUAAUGGACAUUUUCUUUGUUCUCUGAAAGUUCUGUGGUUAUCAAGAAUGAGCCAACCCGAAGAGACGCUCAACGUGCUAUGGUCGGCUAUUGUAAUCAACUGGCGAUUUUAAAUAAAUAUUAUGAAUACUAAUAAUUUGCAGCGCUGAUGCCACUAUGGCUGUGUUGAGACGGGCAGCCCAAUUCUAGUAUUUUCACUAGUUGGUCUUUUGACUGAUCAGCUCUGAUGUGAUUGGUCAAAAGACCAAUUAGUGAAAAAAUAUCAGCGUUCCACAGGGAUGCUGGCCCAUGUUGAC